UUCAUCACUAGGAUGCAAGGACAGCUACACGGCUAAAGCACAGGCUGCUCACUGACUUUUGGGGUGACUUCGAGAGCUAUUGCUGCCCUCGCCUGCAGCAGAAAAAUGAGGUUUCGGCAAGUUUUUUGUGUAUUUUUCAUUUUUUUGAUGAUUCUCCUCCUUACCAACGGACAGAGACCAGCUAAUCUGGUGCUGCGAAGAAAGCUGCACAGGCACAACUGCCUCCAGCGGAGAUGCAUGCCGCUCCACUCGCGGGUGCCCUUCCCCUGAGCAGCUGCAGCUGGUGGCCCAGGCCUGCAGGAGCCAUGGACAGGCUCACCUCCCCCUCCCCCACGCGCAGCCCGCACUGCGACACCCGCGCGGCCGCCCCACCGGACCAUCGGAAGAGGACCCUGGGAGGGUUCGAGUCCACAGGACCGGCUGCUGCCUGGUUUUGUUUUUUAAGAAGGAAAAUAACAUAAAUUGAAAA